UUAUUUUCAUAUCUUCGCUUUGUGCCUUAGUUGAGAUUUUAGUUUCUUUCCUUUUAGUAUCCCUUUUCCCUUUUGCCUUUGAAACUUCUCUCUAAAGAAGAAAUAUAUCCUAGGGUGUUUCGAUCUUUACAUAACAUAUAGAUAUAUAGAUUGUGGUUUCUUGAUUAUCAAGAGUUUCCUUUCCAAGCUCUCUUUGAAGGUUAUUAACUUAUUAUAUACAUAUUGAAUGAUGGGCAUGGAUCCGGCUGAGCUACGGCGGGUUUUCCAGAUGUUUGAUAAGAAUGGAGAUGGCAAGAUCACAAGAAAAGAAUUAAGCGAUUCACUACGAAACUUAGGUAUUUUUAUACCGGACAAGGAUUUAAUCCAAAUGAUCGAAAAAAUAGAUGCGAAUGGAGAUGGGUUUGUGGAUAUUGAAGAAUUUGGAGAAUUGUAUGAGACGAUAAUGAGUGAGAAAGAUGAAGAAGAAGAUAUGAGAGAAGCAUUUAACGUAUUCGAUCAAAAUGGAGAUGGGUUUAUUACAGUGGAUGAGUUGAAGUCAGUUUUGGCAUCAUUAGGGCUGAAACAAGGAAGAACCCUAGAAGAUUGCAAGACGAUGAUAAAGAAAGUUGAUGUUGAUGGAGAUGGAAUGGUUAAUUAUAAGGAGUUUAGACAAAUGAUGAAAGGUGGUGGGUUUGCUGCCCUAGGAUCAAGUUAAUUAUCAUCAAUUCUUCAAUAAUAGAGAAGGUAAUAAACAUGGUUUAUAUAUAUAUAUAUAAUAUAUAUAUAUGUUCACAAAUGUUUUGAUGAAGAUAGAAAGAGGAGAGCCUUUUGCAGGGUGAGACCUCUUUGUAUCAUUUUCAGUUCUAAGAACAUGUAAAAAAUUAUGUGUUCUUGGUGCUUAUAUAUUCUUUAAGUCUUAGUUGUUAAUCAAGUUGUGUUGUUUUCACUUCUUGUAUUUAGCUUUUAUAGCUAUUUGUAUUGUUUUCAAUUCAUAGGCAAAAGGGAAAUCUUAUUAUUUUUUUUUUCUUUUUU